CCAAGCUGGUCAAGUCCGCGCCCACCACGAUGCUUUGCUCCUCGGGGCAAGUUUGUAAGAAGUCCACUAGCUGGGAGCUCUCCCCAGCGGCGGCGGGCAUUGCCUGCUCCUCAUGUCCGGGCUGGCCGCUCUGAUCAACGGAUUCCGCAUGCAAACUGUUCCCGCGCUGCUCGUCCGUCACGCCUUCCGUACCGUCGGCCUCCUCGGCGCUGCGGGCGACCGGGCCUGGCAACACGGCGUCCUCGGGCUGCGUGGAGUCCGCGGCGUGGGCCUGAGCCGAGGAGCUUGGCGGCUCAGCGGGUGUUAUUGUUCUGCUAGAACCACUAUCAUCCUCGUUGUCCGCCAUUUUGACUGCGCGGCUACUAGCUCAGCGGCUAAUAGGGAUCCAGUAUGUAGUUCGAAUCAAAUGCAAUUAGAAAUCAACUUCACCAAAUAGAUCGUCGCUCGUGAAGAAUGCUUGCGUGCUGGUGAGUAAAAAUGUCCACUGUGGUGAAGAACAACAUGAACACAAAAGGAGAUAGCGGGACAAGAUGACGGAACCUUGGAGGAGUUUUCUACUAGCCUAGCUUAGCCUUCACCCAGCUCACAUGGGAGGCCAGUUCCCCGAAAUGGAUCGCUGGACCGAACUCCUAUUUCACACGGAAACACGUCGUUUGUUUUUCCAGACGGUCACAUAUUCUUCUUCUUCGUCUGGUUUAAUUUCGGAUUGCGGCCGUAACAUUAAAUGUCAUAUCACUUCUCCCGAUACAUAUGUGUGUAACUGUUAAUGUUGUUUAUUUACAAAAAUACACAGUUGUGAUUGUGAUUAUGUUAUUUAGGUAUUGGAGAUGUCAAUACCCACAUCCGAGUGCACAUACACUAUAAUCGUGACACGUUUGAAUGUAUUUACUAGGUCGUAAUACAGCCCGACAAAUCUGUAUUUUAUGAAAGAAAGUAGAAAUCCACUUUCCUGAUUUUCCAUUCGUUUCCACUUGCUUUCAUUAAUAUCGUUCGACGUUAUCCCAUUCUUGGUUUAAAGUCAAUUUCCGGAAAACUACAAGACGGAUGCGCAAUGCGAAGUGUUGGUUGGGAUGUUUUAACUCCAAACACCAUAAAUAAAAAAAGAGAAAACGAAUACGCAGAAAGAUGACGUAGUUGACCCCAAGGGGGCGGUGCUUCCGCAUGCGCACUUGAUGACGACAACAUAAUGACGUCUGCUGGACUGACAGGGCGAUGUCGCGGAUGUUUACUAGCCAGCUGCGAGGAUGAAUAACAUCUGGAUGAACAUCUGAGCAUCUUCAUUAAACAACGUCCCAAAACAUGGCGAGCCAGCCAUCUGUCCUGAGGGAAUUCUGCCCACUCCACCAUCUGCUGCACGCCAUCCCAGCCAAAGUUCAGAGGGGAUUCCGCUCGGUGGUGGUCUACCUGACGGCGGUGGACAGCAGCAGUGACUUUGUGGCAGUGGGCAGCAGCAUCGGCAUGUUGUACCUCUACUGCCGCCGCCUGGCACACAUGAACAAAUACAGCCUGGAGGGAAAGUGCGACGCCAUCACAGCCGUGAAGCUGCUGAGCUGUUUUGAUGAUCUGGUCGCAGUGGGAACUGCAUCCGGGCGUGUCGCCGUCUUCCAGUUGGUGUCCCCGCUUCCGGGUCGCAACAAACAGCUGAGGCGUUUUGACGUGGUGGGCCUCCACAAAGGAACGGUGACUUCUCUGGCGUGGAGCGCUAAUGGCAUGAAGCUCUUCUCUGGAGAUGACAAAGGACGCGUGGUUUUCUCCGCUCUGGACCUGGAUCAGGGCACGUGCACGCCUGUACUGCUGUUGGAGGAGUUGUGUGGUGUGGUCCAGUUGGACUACAGUCACCAGGUGCUGCUUGUCUCCACGCAGCAGAGAUCUCUACUGUACUGCACACAGAAACAGGAAGUGCAGCAGCUCGGCACCAAACCCAGGAAGAGCAGUGGCAGGUUUGGGGCAUGCUUCCUGCCAGCUCUUUGCAAACAGAGCGACCUGCAGGUGUUCGCUGCUCGUCCUGGUCUAAGACUCUGGAGGUCUGAUGUCGGAGGUCAUGUGGUGGACACCAGACUGCUGAAACCUCUCUUCAGUGCUCAGAUUCCUCAUUUUGAGAUCUUCCCUCACCCUGGUCCAAUCGGGGCGUACCGUCCGGCAGACCGACAGCUGGGUCUGCUCAGCUGUUUCCUCAAAGAUGGCUGGAUCCUCAGCUGGAACGAAUACAGUGUCUAUGUCCUAGACUGCAUUAAUGAGGUGCUGGUGGGAGCACUGGAGAGCAGCGGAGACAUUGUGUCUUUGUCGUGCUGUGACAACGAGAUCUUCAUCUUGAAAGGAGACAGAGAUUUGAUCAGACUCUCCGACAGUCCGGAGGGGGCCAUCAGUGCCCUGUCAGACUUCCCCAUGCGCCUGUCUUCCCCUUUGACACCUCCCAACAUCCUCCCAAGCACUGGAUGCGUGGAGAUGGCUCAGCCAAUCAGAACCAUGGCCAUCAUUGUGGAAGGAGGGGGUCCGCAGGCAAGGUGCGGCGAGGAGGGAAGGGAAGAAGAGGAGGAAGCGGAGGAAGCACAGGAGAAGGAUGAGGACGCCGCGGUCCUCACCAGCUGCUCUCGUAGCCGCAGCAGCUCUGUGGCUUCCUGGGACAGUCUCCAUGGAAACACCUCCUUUGACCGUUGCGGUACGCCCAUGGGGCAGGAAGACAUGCACCAGGAACUGGUGGUGAAAGCUGUGAAAGUGAAGAAGAAGAAGAGAGGCCAACAAGAAAGCAACAGCGGGAAUCGUCUGUCUGAGAGCCGUUGCUCGGACUCCAUGCUUGUGGUCCAAGAUGGCAGCUGCAACGAUGGACGAAGCGAACGUGUGUCCCUCCUGGGACUGGAGGUUCCAAACCUGCAACCGGAAACGGCGAUGGAGAGAAAUGGGAUGGAUUGGGAGGACAGGGGUUCGUCUUCCACCCAAUCCAGCUGCCACCUCCUCCCAAGCUGCACGAUCCCUCAGGACCCGCAAAGCCCGGUUGUCCCCCUCACCCCAAAUGUGGAUCUGCUGCUGGAAGGCCCCUUCUCCUACAAGAACAACACAGUGCAGGAUGAAGCACAGCCAGUGGAGGAGCAAGAGGACCACUUUCUGAUCAAACCACGGGAGGAGGAGGAGGGCUCUGUGUCACCUGCUGAUGCGAAGGACCAGAUGUUUGAUUCUACCGGACUCCCCAACAGGAAGCAAAGUGUGUCGAGUGAGGAGGAAAACGACAUCUAUUGCCACAGUCUGCCCCCUGCUGACAGUACAGCAGAACACAGCAGCUUCCAAAGCCAGGAGACUGACGGACAGUUGCACCAGGAAGCUGAAGACAGACAUGGACUCAAACCUGACCAUUUGGCCGAAAGCUGGAUGGGAUACUCUGGACCCGGAUGUGGAAUACUGAGUCUUCAUGUCACUGACAGGUACGUGUGGUGUUUGGACUUUAAAGGUGGAUUGUUCUGCAGUCUUCUGCCCGAAAGCGGUCUCAAUUGGCAGCGCUUUGAAGACAACAUCCACCAGGUGGCGCUCUCGCCCUCAGGUCACCUGCUGUGGAAGGUGGAGCAGAAGAGCAUGACGGCGUUCGCUUGUGCCAAAGUGUCAGGAAGAGGGAAACGUCACUGGUAUAAAGCAGUGGAGCAAACCGCCUUCGUGGCGCUCGGUGACGACUCGGCCUGGAUCAUCAGGACCAACGGAGACCUGUACCUGCAGACGGGUCUGAGUCUGGAGCGCCCGUGCGCUCGCUCAGUCAAGGUGGACACGCCGUGUGUCUUCAGUCAGGUGUGCGUCAGAGGGGGCGUGGUCUGGGCGCUGAGUGAACACAACGCUUUAUUCUACAGAGAAGGACUUGAUGCCUUCUGUAGUCUGGGAGACACCUGGAAGUACGACACUGUCAGUGAGGCUCAGGGUGUGGAGUUGAUGUGCGUAGCUUUGGGAGACAGAGGCAUCGCCUGGGCACUCGAUGUCAGCGGCAGCCUCUGGUUUCGAACCGGCAUCUCUUCAUGCUCACCUCAGGGAGAAGAUGACCAUUGGUGGCAGGUCAGUAUUUCCGACUACGUGGUCUUCGAUCAAGGCAGUCUAUUCCAGACCCUGUUGAACGCCACACAUAGUGUUGCCACGGUAACCAAGGCGCCGGUGGAACGGGUGGUAGCGUUCUUGUCUCAGUACUCGCAGCGCCAGCCCACCCUUGUCAGCGCCAACGCUGGCGGCGUUUGGGUGGCGUCCGGACGGAAUCAGCUCCACUUGGCCCGUGGCAGCCUUGUGGGAACAUUUUGGCAGAACCUGGUUCCAAGAGGAACAAUGUCGGCCACCAGGUGGACCUUCAUCACGUCUUCAGUAGUGCCUGACAAAGAUGGUGCCUUCCUGUGGUUGGCUCAGAGCAGAAAGGAUCUCUUCUGUGUGUGGGACCAGGACGGGGAGCUCCGGCCGUCAUCGGUGCCGUUGCCACCUGAGGUGGAGCUGGUUCACCUGUCGGCUUGCCGUGACGCCCUGUGGGGACUGGACUCCCAUGGCCGGGUCAGUAUUCGCACUCUGUCUCCAUCCUGUCCCACUGGCCUCAGCUGGACGUCGCUGGACCUCAGUCAGCUGGGAAGUGUUCGUUUGGUCAGUGUGAGCUGUGGAAGCCAGAACGUUUGGGCCCUGGACAGUCGAGGCCUGGUCUACUUCAGAGUCGGAACACAACCACUGAACCCCAACAUGAUGCUACCUGCCUGGAUCCACAUUGAACCACCUGCACAGCCAAUCGGAGUACAGCUCAUCAGUAUUCAGACGAGUCCAAAUGAUCGUCUUCUGUGGGCGUUGGACAACAGAGGUGGGGUCUUCGUCAGGACCGGGCUCAGUGACGAAAUGCCUGUCGGGACAGACUGGGAACCGGUGCAAGGUCUGACGGUCAGUCAACUGCUUCUCAGCUGUCGGACAGUUUGGGUUCGAUGUGCCAAUGGAGACAUGGCUCGACGCUACAGUGUCUCCGAUAAAAACCCAGCUGGAGACUACUGGAAGAAGAUCCCAGGGCACGCUACUUGCUUAACUGUCACUCCACAUGAUGACUUAUGGGCGGUAACUGCUGUUGGCGGACUGGCCCGUCGCAUGACAAAGCUCCUACCGCAAGCUCAGCGUAGACCUGCUCCUUCCGAGAUAAAUGUUGGCGACGAUGAGGACGACGAGUGGGAGCUCCUCUGAUGUGAUUUUGUCCACGUAUCACUUGCCCCAACCUUGAAACGACCGCCCCAACAUCCAAGGACAUGAAGUGUCCCACCACGAUCCGUCCUUUUCCACUCGCUUUUCCUGGGAACUGGAGCCCUUCCCAGCUAACUUUGGGCACGUUGUCAUCCACGGAACCGAUCAGUGCGAUGUACCGCUAGCACUGGGAUAUUUAAAGAUGAUCAAGUUGAGCAGUCUGGAGUUGGGAAUAGGAAUAGAGGGUGAGUUAAAGGUGGUCUUUGGUGUGGAAAGGUGUCCAGAGGAAACGUUCCGAGUUCCGUAGUUUCACUUCUAACACGUAAUACUUUUUAUUUGGGGACCUAUUAUACUCAUUCGUUCAUUUUCUACCGCUUAUCCUCACGAGGGUCGCGGGGGGGGGGGUGCUGGGGCCUAUCCCAGCUGGUGGCCAGCCAAUCACAGAGCACAUAUAGACAAACAACCAUUCACACUCACAUUCAUACCUAUGGACAAUUUGGAGUCGCUAAUUAACCUAGCAUGUUUUUGGAAUGUGGGAGGAAACCGGAGUACACGGACGGGGAGAACAUGCAAACUCCACACAGAGAUGGCCGAGGGUGGAAUUGAACCCGGGUCAGCUAGGAGACCCGGGUUCAGCCUAUUAUACUCAUUUUUCUGCCCUUUGUAUUGAGUUGUGUAUAGAGCAGCUACACACGGUAACAGCACAUAAAGCUUUCUAGAUCUUCCAGAGUCUGCACCUAUCCCAGCUGGAUUUCAUGCUUCCCUCGAAAACAGUCGGUUUUAAUUUAUUCAACCCACAGCCCGCCUCCAGGCACCCCCCCCCCCCCCUCGGGUGGGUUGGUCACACACUCGAGUGCUUAGGAGGACUUGGAGUUGAUAAAUGCUAGUUGAUAAAUGCUAGUUGAUAAAUGCUAGUUGAUAAAUGGCGAUUUAUCUUUUUAAAAUAUCCGCUUCUAACAUCGAGCCGUAUGCGUUGCAUCCCGAAUCCGAUCCGGAAGUAGAGACGAGACAAUCCGAAAUUUCUCAAGAAAAGGGUUUACUUCAAGACGUCUCUCAAUGGUAAUUAGCUUUAGCAUUUUAGCGGUUUCGACAGCUUGUGGUCAUAAGGAAGCCCGUCUAUGUGUGACAUCACAAACGUCCAGUUUUACAACGCCCUCUGAAACCAAACCAAACGCUUUCAGCCAUCCCAAACUUCUUUCCAAGCUCACAUCCAAAUGCUCACACCUCAUUAUCUGACACGAGAAUACGACAUUCUAGCUCCAUUUAUAGGUCAGAAAAGUGGAAAAACUAUAAUAGGUCCCCUUUAAAGGACUUUCCAGGUCAGUCAACCUGGACCGCAGAGACUUUAGUGAGUUCGGUUAAAAUGAUGUGAUGGAAUGAAACAUGAUUUGGGUCAAAAGACUUUAAACAGGACUGGACUGGACUCUAGUGGACCUGUAGAAUAUAGCUGCACUUUGUUGGACUUUGGACUUAAGUGGACAGAGUCCAGAACCUGGAUAUGUGAGUACAAACUUAUUAUUAAAACACAGAAGCCGUUUAUUAA